CAUCUUUUUUCCACAUCACAAGAGAGAGCCCACUAGAAGCCCAGCGGGUCCGUCAUUAUGCUGCCUUCACAAUCCAGUUGAUCCGGGCCAUCGAACUGUGAUUGAAGUGAAAUUCGCCGGAAAUAUAUCUUGCUCCGGCACCGGCUACAUCGCGUGAGAGGAAUUAUGGCGACGGUUGAUGUGAUCAAGUGUUGUAUGGAUUCCAUUAGACAAAUAUCAGAUGAAAUUAGAGAUGCCAUAAUUUAUCUGGAUGCAGGGUGUACCGAAAGCUUUGAAUAUGUUGGAGCAUUCUCUCUGUUUUUGGAGCUUGGUGCACAUGCCAUUUGCAGCUUGGAGAAAAUGUCUCCUCUUGAUAAGGUGGUUGAUUGGAAUUUGACUUCUGGGCCUGCAAAAAAAAUUGUUGUCAUCACGUCACGUCUUCUAAGUGAUGCACAUAGAUACAUUUUACGUUGCCUGAGUGCAUUUCAGACUCUCUGCAGCUGUGCUAUAUUUACAUGCAUUUCAGAGACAGGUCACUCAGCAUAUCCUGAAUCACCUUUAGGACCGGAUGCAUAUCGUGAAUAUGAAUCUUUGCUUGUCCAAGAUUAUGAGGAGCUUGCCAGAAAGUUUCUGAUGAACUCUAGUCAUACCGGAGAAAGCAUACUAAAGGAAAGUACGCCCGCUGAAGAUGAAGGAUGGUCACAAUUAACCACCAGUGAAGAGGAGCCUUUUAAUUUCAGUUCUGUUGCAAGUGCACAAAAUUCAUAUGAAGACAGUGUAAUUGACCGGACCGAAGAUGUACGGAAAAAGUUGAAAGUUUCUGUGCAUCACUUCCCUUUGGUCUUGUGUCCUUUUUCACCUAGAUUCUUUGUCUUGCCUUCAGAAGGAUCAGUUGCCGAAGCGUACCUAUCCGCUGAACAUGAUAACUCUAUAAGCUUUGGGUUACCUCCAAUAAGUACUGGGACAACUGCCGAUGGUGAGGAUGUCCCUCCUGGGGCAACUCUUACCGCUCAAUUUCUUUAUCAUCUGGCGGCAAAGAUGGACCUGAAAUUUGAGAUAUUUUCCCUGGGUGAUGUUUCAAAAACUGUUGGAAAGCUUCUAACAGACAUGUCAAGUCUUUAUGAUGUUGGUCGACGUAAGAGAUCUGCAGGGCUAUUACUCAUUGACCGCACUCUUGACCUUCUUACUCCAUGCUGUCAUGGGGAUUCACUUGUGGAUCAAAUGUUUUCAUCAUUGCCUCACAGAGAACGGAUGGCAUCCUUAAGUCAAUCUAAAAGCUCCCAAAGCCAGGUUAAACUUGGCCCUGCUUACUUGCAACGUUCUCCCCUCACCGUUCAGAUACCACUCAAUAAUUUCCUAAGAGAGGAUACUUCAAGUUCUUACAACUUUCAGCUGGUGGAAAGCGUUGAAGCAUUUCUCCGUGGUUGGAAUUCAAGAGACUCAACUUCUCAGAUGGUUGAGUUGGUGAAUUUUAGCACUAAACUUAGUGGUGAAAUGUCCUCACAAGAUUUUCAGAGUGACCUUUGUGGUUCUUUCGUCUCUACGGAAAAUUUUCAUGGAACACCGUACCUAGAAGCCAUACUAGAGCGAAGAACAAAAGAUGGGGCUGUGCUGAUCAAGAAAUGGCUGCAAGAAAGUUUACGUCGAGAAAAUAUAUCAUUGAAUGCAAAAAUCCGUCCUGGUUAUGCUUCAAAAUCAGAUCUGCAGACUAUGGUUAAGGCAUUAGCUAAAAGCCAGUCAUUGCUGGCGAAAAACAAAGGAAUUAUCCAGCUAGCAGCAGCAGCACUAUCUGCAUUAGAUGAAUCACAUAGUGCUAAAUGGGAUGCAUUUAGCAGUGCUGAGAAGAUACUGAACGUAAAUGCUGGGGACACAAGCCAAAGUCUUGCUGCUCAAAUUAGUGAUCUCAUAAAUAAAAGUGCGUUAGUUAGUUCACAGGGUAAUAAUAAGAUGGAUGCUCAACCGGGGCUUCUUACUCUACAAGAUGCUCUGCUACUCACAGUUGUUGGAUAUAUAUUGGCAGGUGAGAAUUUCCCAUCUUCUGGGACUGUUGGUCCUUUCUCUUGGCAAGAGGAACAUUUUAUGAAAGAAGCAAUUGUUGAUGCGAUUGUUGAGAACCCAACAGUUGCUAAAUUAAAGUUUCUGAAAGGUUUAACUCAGGAUCUAGAAGCCAACUUUAACAGAAAAUCAGAAGAGAAGAAGGAAAAUCUUUCUAAUACCGAAAGCAUUGAUUUUGAUGAUGACGAUUGGGGUAGUUGGGGUGAUGAAGAUUCUGGAAAAGAUAAAAGAAAAGAGCAAGUGUAUGAUGACAUGCAAUUAAAGUUAGAAUUACGUGAUAGGGUGGAUAAUCUAUUCAAAUUCUUUCACAAAUUGUCCAGCUUAAAAAAGAAUGUUUCAUUCAGAGAGUGGUCACAGGCUCUGAGUAAGUUCAAUGAUGAUCCUUACUCUAACAAAGGACUGCUUUAUAAAGUGCUAUCAAGGGUGUUAGAUAAGCAUGAAGUACCUGGCUUAGAGUAUCAUUCAUCUACUGUUGGCCGCCUAUUCAAAAGCGGUUUUGGGAGAUUCGGCCUUGGGCAGGCUAAACCAAGUCUGGCAGAUCACGAUGUUAUUCUCGUGUUUGUUGUGGGAGGCAUAAAUGGUGUAGAGGUUCGAGAAGCUCAGGAGGCAUUAUCCGAGAGCAACAGGCCUGAAGUCGAAUUAAUUUUAGGUGGAACAACUUUUCUUACACCUAAAGAUAUGUUUGAACUACUGCUGGGCGAUUAUUGUUGUGUUUAAGGCUGUGUAGUUUUCUAGUUUUGUUCUGUAAAAUUUAAGGUGAAAAGUUCUGUCUAAUGUCUGAUAUUUAGAGAAUACAAAACAUAUUUUUUCCUUAAUGUAAACAGUAUUGCAAUUUAUAUGAUUUUCAAUAUAUUUUU